GGACGGAUAGUGCGAAGGAGGGUGGUCGCCACGCGCGGUUGCGUGGGAUCCGACCACCCAAAAACCAUAAACAAUACCAUCAAGCUCCAAACUCUCCCCAACUCAAAGCCCGCAACACGCCCCUUCUCUCUGGAUCCAUCUCUUCUCCUCGUUUUGAUACUAUAACUUGGGCAUGACCCCAAAUCAAUCUCCCUCAAUGGUUGAUGAUGCAAAUGUCAUAGCAGAGAAUAUGGCUGGAGAAGCUCUUCCGAACAGAAAAAACAAUGGAAAGAUUCCUAAGAAGAUACACAAGGCUGAGAGAGAGAAGCUGAAACGUGAUCAUCUGAAUGAACUUUUUCUUGAGCUGGGUCAUGUGCUUGAGCCAUCUCGGCAGAAUAAUGGCAAAGCCUGUAUAUUGGGUGACGCCACUCGGUUGCUGCGAGAUCUUAUCGCACAAGUUAAAUCUCUGCGAAAAGAAAAUGCGGCUUUGGUGUCUGAAUCUAGCUAUGUCACUGUGGAGAAGAACGAGCUCAAAGAUGAGAACUUGGUCCUAGAAGCCGAAAUUGAGAGACUACAAAAUGAGCUUCGCGGGAGGCUGCAGACUGAUUCUGCGCCCCCUCAGACUACAACGGUCACCAGUGCACAGCCGAUGCAGCAACCCCCGCUGGUCGGGCCAUUGUUCGUGGUUCCCCUCCAUCAAGGGAUUCAUCAAGAGAUCGAACCAUGCAAUGAGGCCGAAGCGGCUCCCAAACCACCCUCGUUAGUUAGGAGACCACAGGCCAGAUACCCAGCGCCAUCAGACUCAUGGCCAUUGGAGCUACUCUCUAGGCAUCAACAUAGUGCUAGCAGUUCCAGUGCCACUACAAACAGUGGAGACUGAAAGCCAAGAUCACCGUAAAUGAGCAGUCAAAUUCUUAUUCCCUUAAAUCUUGUCUUUCAAUUCCUUGCUGAGUUUUAGCCAUUAGUCAUUUCUUAAGCAAUUGAUGAUGUUGAAAAAAAAAAUCCAUGUUUUCUCUUCUGUUUCUAGAGGUCAGGGAUCAGUUCUUGUAAAUUCUGACAAUGCUGUAUGAAAGAUUUUUCAGGGAACAACACAUUGAAUUGCAGAGCCAACACAAUUAUUA